UUUACCGUGGAAUUUUCAUUAUUCAUUCUCAAGGCGAAUUCAAAUAGUGCUUGUCACUUUUUUGUGAUCGUCGACUGGGUAAAUUAAUAUAAUUUUAAAAUCUUCAAUAUGGCUUUAGCUGAUAUAGCAGGAAUUGCUAACGCACCAUACUUUAAAACAGUUAACGAUUCAAUGGAUUUUCUAAAGCAAACAUACAAUUUCAAUAAUCCGUAUUGUCUAUUGGCACCACCGAAUAGUGCACAAGUAAAAAUGAAUGCGAUGCUCGCCGCUGGUAGCAAAGAUGGCAUCAAAAUUGAUUACGAUCAUGGAACUACAACUUUGGGUUUCAAGUUUAAUGGUGGUGUUAUAUUGGCUGUAGACUCUCGAGCGACAGGUGGACAGUUCAUUGGUUCACAGGAAAUGAAGAAAAUUGUUGAGAUAAACAAAUAUUUACUCGGAACUUUGGCUGGCGGUGCGGCUGAUUGCGUGUAUUGGGAUCGAGUACUUGCAAAGGAAUGUCGUUUGCAUGAGCUGAGAAACAAAAAGCAUAUCUCUGUUGCGGCAGCAAGCAAAAUCAUAGCUAACAUAGCACACGAAUACAAAGGAAUGGGGUUGAGCAUGGGAAUGAUGUUGGCAGGGUAUGAUGAUACAGGUGCCAGCUUAUACUAUGUUGACUCGGAGGGUUCGCGCUCUCCUGGAAAUGUAUUUUCCGUUGGAAGUGGCUCAAUAUUUGCUUAUGGCGUACUUGAUAAAGGGUACAAAUACGACUUGAAGGAUGAAGAGGCCUACGAUUUGGGGCGACGGGCUAUUUAUCAUGCGACAUUUAGAGAUGCAUACUCUGGUGGAAUCGUACGUGUGUACCACUUGAAGAAAGAUGGUUGGAUUAAAAUAUCUGAAGACGAUUGCAAAGACCUUCAUUAUAAAUACUCCAAAGAAAGGGAUCAAUAGUAAAUUGUGUUACAAUUUAACUUCUCACACACGGAUAUAAGAAAAUAUAAUGUAAUGAUGGGUAAAAUAUUGGGUUUUUAGUUCGGAUUGUUAUCGCGUCUGGUGGCGUUUUUAAAGUAUGAAAGUACUACGAUAAGCACAAAUUAAUCAUAUCUGUAGACCGAUUCAGAUAAAGAUUAUAUAAAAUCAUAUUGGUGUAUAUAUAUUA